AUGGGUUCUGCAAUCUCCUCCUGUUUGGAUGUCACUCCUCCGCUGCGGGACUUCUUCCAUCUGACGGGGGAGGCAUACAUGAUCAUUCUCGACAUCUUCCAAUACUUCCCCCUGGUCAGCAUCAUUCAAUGGCUCUCUUCCUUUCAUCCAGCGGGAAAGACUUCCCUCAAAAAGUCUUAUCUAAACCUUCCGGGCCGACUGGGCUGGUUCAUCAUGGAGAUUGUCGGUCCCAUCAAUCUGCUCUAUAUCCUCUGGACUCUACGUCCAGCCCAUAAUCCCACCUCCCUACCACUUCCCAACAAGCUCGUUGUCUCCCUGUACCUCCUCCACUACCUCAACCGCGCCAUCAUCUCCCCUUGGCUCGCUGCCCCCAGCAUGUCCCCCAUCCACGCUCUCGUCUUCUGCUUCGCUGUGCUCUUCAACUGGCUCAAUUCCACCUGCCUAGCGGGCUGGUUGGUAGGCUAUCGUAUCCCAAUCAUAUCCACAUCCCAGACCAUCACGGAGGUCCCUCUCCCUUCCACUUCUUCUUCCUCGUCCCUUCUCCUCCCUUCCAUCGGCCUCGUACUCUUCAUCCUCGGAAUGACAGGUAACAUCCACUCCGAACGAACCCUCUUUCGACUCCGUCGCGAAGAGGCAGAAACCCGCCUCUCCAAAUGCUCAGAUACCCAUACUCCCUUUUCCGCGCGGGACAAGUUCUCAAAAGUCUACGUCAUCCCGCCAGCAACCGGCCUUUUCCGCUCGAUCCUCUACCCGCAUUACGUCUGCGAGUGGUUCGAAUGGCUCGGGUUCGCUCUCGUCGGCACGGCCGUGAGACCUAGUAUUUCUCUGAUUUCAUCAUCCCCUUUGCGUCUCGCGCCGUGGUUGCUCCCUGCGGCUGCGUGCGCGGAAAGAUAUUCCCUGGCUUUGCCGUUGCCCGCCGUCGUGUUUUUAGUCAAUGCCGUGGCGAAUAUGUUACCGCACGCCCGUUGGGGGCGAAAGUGGUAUGUUCGUCGGUUUGGAGCUGAUUCCGUGGCUGGUAGGGGUGCUGUGGUGCCGUGGUGUGAAUGGAUGUAG